UCGGACGACGAGAUGUCCCUGGACCCGUCGGAGCUCGAGGGCGCCAUGAUCGUGGACACCGAGCCCGCGGGAUCAGCAAGGGCAGCGUCGGCCGGGGCCCCGGGAAUGUCACAGGCGACAACAGUCCUCUCAGAAGCCGAGAUCCGCGAGAAGAAGGAGCGACGGGCGCGCCUCGCGAAACAAUCCGGGACAGCAGGCGACGAUUUCAUCUCCCUGUCUGAUGACGACAACAAUACCGGUAGUGCCACCCGCCGGGGCACAGGGGAGUCCUACCUGACCGUCCUGUCCCGGCAGUCCGGCCACUCCUCGUCGUCGUCGAGAAAGAAGGAAUCCCGCCUGCGCGCAGAGGACGAAGACAUCGGCGAAGGCUUCGACGAGUUCGUCGAGGACGGCGGGCUGUCUCUGGGCCGCAAGGCCGAGCGCGAGGCCCGGCGCAAGCAGCGCGCCGAGAUGGCGUCCAUGAUCCAGACCGCCGAGGGGGGCGGCGGCAUCGGCGACGAUGUUGACGAAGACGAGUCGGACGACAGCGAGGCCGAGCGCCGCGCGGCGUACGAGAAGGCGCAGACCCGCGCGGGCAUGGACGGGUUGAAACGGGCAGAGACGAGCGCCGCACAGAAGCAGCAUCAGCUCCCGCCGCCAAAGAUUACGCCGCUGCCGGAUCUGAGCGUGCUUGUGGCCGACUUCAAGGCCAAGAUGGCGCGCAAGGAGGCCGAGCUGCAACGCAUGCGCGCCAGGAUCGACGAGCUGCGCGCCGAGCGGAACAGUGUCCUCGCCAGAGAGCCAGAGGUGCAACGGCUGCUGAACGAGGCUGGUGAGAGAUAUCGCGCGCUGACUGCGCCUUCGGCUGGGACUGAAUCCGCCCCAGAUGCCAGCGGCAGCGGUGGUCCAGAUGGUGUCACGGGAGACCAGGCAAGAAGUGGAAGUGCUGUUGGUGGCAUCGCGGCUGCACAGUCGCUACUCGAGAGAGCUCGAGGUGGGAAUACACCUAUGAGUGGCGCAAGGGGCCUUGAUAGCUUGGGCACAACGCCGACAAGGCAGCCGCCAGUGGACAUGGAGAUUUAGGUCCUUUCUCGUUUCCCUGGGCUGGGGUUGACUGCAUAUUUCAUGGCAUAGAAAGCAUAGAAGACGAGCGACGAUG